AUGGCGUCCGCGGCAGGCGACGGGACGAGGCGGAAGACGGCGUGCGUCACCGGAGGGAACGGCUACAUCGCGUCGGCGCUGGUCAAGACGCUGCUGGAGAAAGGGUACGCCGUGAAGACCACCGUCAGAAACCCCGAUGACAUGGAGAAGAACUCGCAUCUCAAGGAUCUGCAGGCGCUCGGCCCCUUGGAGGUCCUCCGUGCAGACCUCGUCGAAGAGGGCAGCUUCGACGGCGCCGUCGCCGGCUGCGACUACGCCUUCCUCGUCGCCGCUCCGGUGAACCUCUACGCAGAGGACCCUGAGGUGAACGACGUGAUCGAGCCGGCCGUGCACGGAACCCUCAACGUGUUGAGGUCGUGCGUGAGAGCGGGCACGGCGUACCCUGUGUCCAAGGUGCUUCUGGAGAAGGCGGCGUGCGCGUUCGCGCUGGAGCAUGGCAUCAGCCUGGUCACUGUGUGCCCCGUCGUCACGGUGGGCGCGGCGCCCGCGGCGAAGGUCAACACCAGCGUGCCCGACAUCCUCUCCCUGCUGUCCGGCGAUGAUGCGAGGAUCAGCAAACUUGAGUUCAUCGAGAGGGUGACCGGCGCGAUCCCGAUGGUCCACAUCGACGACCUCUGCCGCGCCGAGCUGUUCCUCGCCGAGGAAAAGGCGGCGUCGGGGCGGUACAACUGCGGCAGCGUCAACACCACCGUCGUGGGGCUCGCCCGCUUCCUGGCGGCCAAGUACCCGCAAUACAAUGUCAAGACCGACCGGUACGCCGGUCUCACCGAGAAGCCGAGAGUCUGCAUUUCGUCGGCGAAGCUCGUCGGGGAAGGGUUUGAGUUCAUGUAUAAGACCCUGGACGAGAUAUACGACGACGUCGUCGAGUACGCCAGAGAAACAGAGCCCUGUGCUAGAGCUAUUGCCAGGAGAAGAGAGCUCAGCUCGGUAGUGAUCAUCGGCGAUAUGGCGACGAGGAGGAAGACGGCGUGCGUCACCGGCGGCAGCGGGUACAUCGCGUCGGCGCUGGUGAAGAUGCUGCUGGAGAAGGGAUACGCCGUCAAGACCACCGUCAGAAACCCCGAUGACGCGGAGAAGAACGCGCAUCUCAAGGCCUUGGCAGCGCUCGGCUCCUUGGAGGUCUUCCGCGCCGAUCUGAACGAGGAGGGCAGCUUCGACCACGCCGUCGCCGGCUGCGACUACGCCUUCCUCGUCGCCGCUCCGGUGAGCCUCAUGCCAGAGAACCCUGAGAAAGACGUGAUCGAGCCGGCCGUCCACGGGACCCUGAACGUGAUGAAGUCGUGCGUGAGAGCGGGGACGGUGAAGCGAGUGGUCCUCACAUCGUCGGUGGCGGGGGUGUCCAGCCGGCCGCUGGAAGGCGACGGCCAUGUCCUUGACGAGGAAUCCUGGUCCGACGUGGAGUUCCUCAGAUCAACAAAGACCGAUGAGACGGUGAUGCAUGCUCGCGUCGCGCAGGCGUACUCCGUCUCGAAGGUGCUUGUGGAGAAGGCGGCGAUGGCGUUCGCGGAGGACAAGGGCAUCAGCCUGGUCACCGUGUGCCCGGCCGUCACGGUGGGCGAGGCGCCGGCGGCGAACGACCUCACCAGCGUCAGCAUCAUCCUCUCCCUGCUGUCCGGGGAUGAUGCGUAUGCCGGCGCCCUGGAGCACAUCGAGAGGGCGACGGGCUCGAUCCCGAUUCUGCACAUCGAGGACCUCUGCCGAGCGGAGAUGUUCGUGGCCGAGGAGGAGGCCGCGUCGGGGCGGUACAUCGUCUGCGGCCUCAACCCCACCGCCGUCGAGAUUGCCCGCUUCUUGGCUGCCAACUACCCGCAGUACAAGGUCAAUACAGAUAGGUUCAGAGAUCUCCCUGAGAAGCCGAGAGUCUGCAUUUCGUCGGCGAAGCUCGUCAAGGAAGGGUUUGAGUACAAGUACAAGAACCUGGACGGAAUAUAUGGCAGCGUCGUCGAGUAUGGAAGGGCCUUGGGAAUCCUUCCCUACUAA